UAUUGUGAACAAUAUAAAAAGGGUUGACGGAGUCGAUACUUGUCAGUUUCUUUGUGAUACAGCAGCCGAACUGUGAUUAACAUGUUUUCUCAAUUAUUAUUGUCUUGUCUGGCACUUACUGCCUGUGUAGCAUAUCCUGGUGGGGUUUCCUACGUGAGUGGAGGCCUAGGACAUGGAUUAGGAUUGGGAUUGGGAUUAGGAUUAGGUGGUUAUCAUGGAGGACUAGCACCAGGAUAUGCUUCUGGAGGAUAUGAAGAACAUGCAAUUGACUAUCAUGCCCCAGCACACUACGCUUUUGAUUACGGCGUGUCUGACCACAAAACUGGUGAUAACAAACAACAACAUGAAGUCCGAGAUGGAGAUGUUGUCAAAGGAGAAUACUCUUUACACGAACCCGAUGGUACCAUACGUACGGUAAAAUACACCGCUGAUAAGCACAACGGUUUCAACGCUGUGGUACUUAGACAAGGUCAUGCAGUUCAUCCACAUGUCAUAGCGCAUCAUGGUCACCACGGUUACUAAACUAAAUAAAGAGUAGGUAUUAACGAAUAUAGAAAAUUUUUAUUGAUCUUAUUGAUUCUAUUCUUUUGUUUAUAUUAUAUAAAUAUUGU